GUAAAUUUUGUUUAACAUCCGAUCACGUUGCACCUGGUGUCUGGAAUCUUGAAAGUGAGAGCGAGCAGAGAAAAGUAGGCACGCUCCCACACUUGAAAAAGCCUUGGUCCUCUUUCCUUGAAACACUACUCUGUACUCCAUCCGAUCUCUUCACAAUAUAAACCAUUUGAAAAGAGGGUAUCUCUCUCUCUCUCUCUCUCUGUUUUUCUUUUCUCUAGGAAAAUAAUACCCUAAUCUGACCUUUCACAUUGUUCGGGAAAUGGCUUGGGAUUUAAUUUUCUGGAUUCUCUGUUUCUUCAUCAACAUAGCUCUUUUCGCUUCAACCUUUUAUCAGUUGUUGUCGUUAUCGGAUCUUGAGGUUGAUCAUCUGAAUCCCUUCGAAGCAUCGAGUCGGAUUAAUGCGGUUGUUGUCCCGGAGUUUCUCUUGCAAGGACUGCUUUGCGCUCUUUUCCUGCUCACCUGGCAUUGGUUUAUGUUUCUCUUGUUUCUUCCCCUUACUGCUUAUCAUCUCAUGCUGUACUUGAAUCGGAAGCAUCUUAUUGAUGUCACUGAGGUUUUCAGAGAUAUUGGCACUGAGAAAAAAUAUCGAUAUGUCAAGCUGGGCAUUUAUUUAGUUCUCUUCACUGUAAUUUUGUUCAGGCUUAUAAUAUCUGCUUUCAGCUCUUUACUUGAUGAGGAUGAGGUGCAUGCAUUUUGAUUCCUGGGCAGUACGGUAGGUUGUAUUUGUAAAUUCGUCAUCCAUAUUUCUGAUCCAUAUAGAAAGUGAAACUUAGCUGACAGGUGUAGAUGUAUCAGAACUUGGAAGUUUCUUAAAUAUUUUUCACUUGGGGGCGGUCAUACGCCUUGAUUUAUCAUGGCUGAUUCAUAUAUAUGAAUGAGAGGUUCUGUAGACAGUGUUUAAGUUUUGAAGAAUGAUGAAGAGAUUGGAUUAUUAUCCUCCUCAAGAAGUGAUUAAACCAAAUCCUUUUUCAGUGCCA